GGCUUUCUCGAAAAGGAGCGCUUUAAAAUAUUAGGGCCGUUUAACAAGGCGUCGCUUUUUUAAAAAAAAGGGCUGCAUUAGAUCCUAACAACCAGCAACUAAAAGAUGGUCUUGCAGAGUGCAGGGCAAAGAUGGCAAGAGAUGGGCCAAGCAAAAUGAUGAAUCCAUUCAGUAAUCCAAAUGUAAUGGCGCGUUUGGCAACAGAUCCUCGUACUCAAGAAUAUAUGAAGGACCCAGAAUAUGUCAAGAUGAUCAAUGAACUCUCUGCCAGUCCUGAGGCCCUUGGUACAAAGUUGAAUGACAAGAGAGUCCUAACCACCUUAAGUGUGCUGUUAGGAAUGGACAAAGGAGGAAUGCCUAUGGAUGAAGAUGAUGAGGAGGAACCUGAUCCUUCACCUCCCCCCAAGAAGACCCCGACACCACCCCCCAAGAAGGAAGAGAAGAUGGAGGUUGACAAGACUCCAGAGCAACUGCAGGCCCUCAAAGAAAAGGAUGCUGGCAACGAAGCCUACAAGAAGAAGGACUUCCAAAAGGCCUUGGAGCACUAUGAUAAAGCUGUUGAAAUUGACCCAGCCAACAUGACCUUCUAUAGUAACAAAGCAGCUGUCUAUUAUGAAAUGAAGGACUACGAGAAAUGCAUUGCUGCUUGUGAGAAGGCUGUGGAAGUAGGAAGAGAAAACAGAGCAGACUUUAAGCUUAUAGCUAAAGCACUAACUAGAAUUGGUAAUGCCUACAAAAGCUUAAAGGAUUAUCCCAAGGCCAAAACCUUUUAUGAAAAAUCCCUGUCUGAGCAUAGGACUCCAGAAACAAAGGAAAUUCUAAGCAAGCUUGAGAGGCUAAUGAAGGAGCAUGAGCGGCUGGCUUACAUUGACCCAGCCAAGGCAGAGGAGGAGAAGGAGAAGGGCAACAGCUGCUUCAAGAAGGGAGACUAUCCCUCUGCCAUCAAGCACUACACUGAGGCUAUCCGACGAAACCCUGACGAUCCAAAGAUCUACAGCAACCGUGCUGCCUGCUACACCAAGCUUGCUGAAUUCAACCUGGGCCUCAAGGACUGCGAGGAGUGCAUAAGGCUGGAUCCCAAUUUUGUCAAAGGCCAUAUUCGCAAAGGGAAAAUCCACCAGGUCUUGAAGCAGUUUACCAAGGCACAAGAUUCCUACCAAAAGGCAAUUGAUCUUGAUCCCAACUGCCAGGAGGCACUUGAUGGCUUCCGUGAAUGUAUGAUGGCUGCCAACAGCGACCCAGAAGAGGUGCGGAAAAGAGCGAUGGCAGACCCCGAAGUUCAACAGAUUCUGAAAGACCCUGCCAUGCGCAUGAUUCUCGAACAAAUGCAGAGUGACCCAAGAGCACUACAAGAUCACCUGAAGAAUCCUGAUGUUGCAGCCAAGAUUCAGAAGCUUUUGCAAUCAGGUCUUAUUUCUAUUAGGUAAACAUGUUCCAGCAUUUUUUGCAUCUCUUAUCAACCGAGAGUAUGUCACUGACAACUUCUAUGUUUUUUACUUUUAUUUAUUAUUAUUAUCAUUAUUAUUAUUAUUAUUAUUAUUAUUAUUAUACCUUGAUUUGUUUUUGUUUUUACAUAUUUUUUGUUACUUUAUAUUAGUCCGUAUUUUUGUCGGUACUCCCUUUAAUAGCAGAUGUCAUAUCACUGUUUCUUGCAAGCAGGAAAUGCAUUGAUUGAGUUUCAGAAAAGGAAAAUUGUUCUUCAGAGUUGAGGCCGAUUUUUUAAAAGGAAAAUAGAUUUAGGUAGAAUUAAAGGCAGUGUUGAUGUUGCUCCUUUUUUAUUAUUAUUCAUCUAAAUAAAUGUCUAUUUCUGAUGAAUAAACUUCAAAGAUUUGAAUAAUCCAAUUUUUAAUUAAACUUGAACUACAUUAACUUCUUUUGUUUGAUUAAUGCCUCUUUAUGUUUGAGGUAGCCGAUGUCUGAACCUACUGGUAUAGUAGGAAACCAACCAGGAUUUCCUUUGUUAAUACCUCUAACCAAGAUGUAUGUAUGUAUUGUGUCAGUGGAUGUAUCUUAUAUGUGUUGUAAGGGGUUUUUGACAGUCUCCUGAACAAGGCAUUAGUUAUGAUAGGGUAAGAAUGGUAGAUCUUGGCAACUCAGAUCUUCAACAUUGUAUUCUCAUGUCCUAAAAAAGGAAAACGAUUGUUUGGAAGCCUCACAAAGCUUUCAGCAAAUGAACACAAGAAUAAUGCUUUUUAUACUUAAGUGCAGUCUAGUGCUUUGGUUCCUUUUAAGUCUCUAAUGCUUGAUUUUGAUAAAGUGACAAGAAAGUGAAUGGCUUGACUGUUGAUUUGAAGUCCUGAUCAUUUCUCUCACAAGCCUGGAAACUUUCAUUCUCUUGUUCGGGUAAAUUUACUUGUAAAGCUCAAUAUAAUGUCUAUCAGAAGAGGAAACCUUGACUAAAAGCUCCAUAUCCUUGUUCCCUCAAACUGUCUUAGGUAUUCAAGAUUUUGUCAAAUAGAAAGAUGGAAAUACUUUUGAUCACUUCAAGAAAUAGCUCAUUGUUAGUACUGUUAUUAAGUAUUUCAUGAAUACAAUUCAGACUGAUACGAAAAUCAAGAAAUCAGCUGUUGGACCAGAAUGGAAAAGGACACUUUAAAAAGAGAGAUAAUACUUAGAAGUCUAGAAUGUCCAGUCAGGUGCUCAGUAGCCGACUGUACUUGGGUAACAUUUAGUGUUAGGAUCCCAGUUGUAUGUGCUGGCCCUAUGUCAUUUGGUGUUGGAAGACAAUACCACUUCUCAUGUCUUUUAGUCUGGAUCCCAGUAAUUAUAUGAUAACUAAUAUUCUGUGAUCCUUGAAUACAAUAUUUUUUUUAUUCACUUUGAAUUGUAAGAUACAUUCUGUGAAAUACAAAGGAUUGUUAAUAUUCAUAAGUACAAUGCAUUUCUAUCAACCAUUCACCAUCAUAAAUCACAGCUGAGGUCAGGUGUACCAGCAUACCUUGUACAGUGUUCAUGUUCUGGUAACAUUAAAGAGCAUCAUAGAUGAUAUAAUGAUUAAUAUUAAAGAAAGGCAAACCUAAAAAAAAUAGCUGGCAUCUCUCAUUAUUUCAUUUUUAAACAUUUGAUUUCACUUUGUUUUUUUCCUAUGUUAGGAAGAAGUAUGCUAUGUGAUUCCUCAUAGGCAUUUCUUGUGUGAUAUUUAUAUGAGAGUAAAUAUGAGCCUGAAA